CUCGGUGUCACCAUGCUGCUGUACUUGUGUGCCGCCGUCAUUCUCCUUGGUGGGCCGGCAGACGCAGCGUUCACCACCAACCUGAACAACACUGUACCCUUGUCACCUCCGACGAGUGGUUCUUGGGAGCUCGGCCCCAAUGCGACAUCUUGGCAGAUCAACAACGGCGACACCUGGAACACUUCCAUGACAUCGACGGGUGCAAACUCGUGGUUCUCAUUCCAGGCGGACGCCAUGAACGCUGUCCUCAACGUGACGGCCUCAUCAGUGCCAGUAGACGUGUCAUGCGUGGUGGUGGGAGCCGGGGGCGGAAACUGGGUGAACACGACGAUCACCAGAACAACCAUGACCUCGCUGCAUUUGGGUCCCGACAUACCCGUCCCAUUCUUCACCACAUACACUUGCUAUGUUGAUGCUGGAGUGACCAUUUUGGCGAUGAGUGUGCAGGUUGGUGUGCGAGCCCAGGUGACCGACCCAUUAAAGCUCUACACAAUCAGCGGCCUCUUUGCGAGCAGUGGCGGACACGUUAGUGGCAUCAACACGCCUGCAGAUGAAGCCACGCUACCUGUAUCAUCUCUGUUUCCGGGGACAUUUCUGCGACCCAGCGGCGACUGGGAGCCAGUAAUCAAGCAUCAACCCCCGUCUGUUGUCAGGCCAUUCAGCGAUGCCAAUUACACGGCCCUGAGAGGGAAUGGGACAUUCUGGUUUCUGGCGCCUCCGCAGACGUGUCUCCUUCGAAUAGACGGCACCGUCGGAGCUAAUGCCAGUGACAGCCUGGUCACCAUAUCGCCACCCCCUCCCAACUGCCCCGACAAAGUGCGCAUCCGGUCGCAGGUGAACGUUACCGAUCAAUGGAGUGUUCUGUUCACUGCAGUCUUCGACCCUAACAUCGCCUACAACGUCACAGUCCAGCCAUUCACAGCCGGUCAAACAAUCGAGCUGCAUUCGGUGACGAUGUCAACUGGCCUUGCGGAUGUCUCAAACUGGCCGCCAGGCAGCACUUUCACGGGCACUGUGCCUGCUUGGACAACCGUGACCCCCACCGCAUCUUCCACAUCGUCAUCGGUUGGCUCGCUACAGACAGACACUACAGCGAGCCAUAAAGGGACUGUGAAUGUGGCUGCCCUAGGGGGUGGAGUAGGAGGUGCCGCAGCACUCGGUUUACUGGCCCUCAUCGGCUUCUGGCGAUACCACGUCAAACGGCUAAAGGGGAAUCGGCCAACAUCUUUUGCCAUUGACGACCCAGCCCACCACGACAUUGGCGACAACCCGCCAGAGCUGAGCCCAUUCGACCGUCAGUGCAUGGCUGCGAAGCGAUCCUCCGGAGCGCGCUGA